CAGGAUCCACUGGGUGCGUCGCCUGCCAGCCGGGGGCUGGCAAUGAGGGCUCUCAGGAGAGCAGCUCCGCAGCACACCCUGCGCCCCCUCAGCGGCACCGCACGGGCGCAGCGGCUGCGUCCUGCCGGCAUGUGCUGAGCCUUCCUGGCAGCUUAAUGGGCAUCGCCGGCGCUCGUCUGCACGCCUCGGAGAGCGCUGGCGUGGGUAGGAGCGGCGAGACCUGCGGCUCCAGUGAGGAUCCGGAGGGCAUGCGAGGCUGCGAGCAGGCUGGGGAGGAGGCCGGGGGCAGCUGGCCCCGCACCAUGCUCCCCGGGCGCCGCGCACUGCCGCACAUGUCCCUGCUGUGACCGGACGCACCAUGAGCAUCUGGGAGGUGUUCCUGGCUUUCGUGCUGGUGGUGCUGAUGCUCGUGGCCCUGCUGGCCAACGUGCUGGUGCUGAUGUGCUUCCUGUACAGCGCUGACAUCCGCAAGCAGGUCCCGGGAUUGUUCAUCCUCAACCUCACCUUCUGCAACCUGUUGAUGACUGUUCUGAACAUGCCCCUGACCUUGGCUGGGAUCAUUUACAAGAGUCAACCGGCAGGAGAUCAGAUCUGCCACGCUGUGGGCUUCCUGGAGACUUUUCUCACCACGAACUCCAUGUUGAGCAUGGCAGCCUUGAGCAUUGACAGGUGGAUCGCUGUGGUCUUCCCUCUGAGUUACCACUCCAAAAUGAGGUACAGAGAUGCUGCUCUCAUACUGAGCUACACGUGGUUGCACUCCAUGUCCUUCCCCAUAGUGGCAGCGUCUCUCUCCUGGGUGGGUUUCCAUCACCUCUAUGCCUCCUGCACCCUGUACAACAAGAGACCAGAGGAUAGGACACAGUUUGUGGUUUUCACUGUGGUCUUUCACACCCUCAGCUUCCUCCUCUCCCUCCUAGUGUUGUGUUUCACAUAUCUCAAAGUGCUGAAGGUGGCACGCUCCCACUGUAAGCGGAUCGAUGUGAUCACUAUGCAGACCCUGGUGCUGCUUGUGGACAUCCACCCCAGCGUGAGGGAGCGGUGUCUGGAGGAGCAAAAGCGACGGAGGCAGCGAGCGACCAAGAAAAUCAGUACCUUCAUUGGUACUUUCAUACUUUGCUUUGCACCUUAUGUAAUUACAAGGCUUGUUGAGAUGUCCUCUGUGGCCCACAUCAGCUCCCACUGGGGAAUUGUGUCCAAGUGCUUAGCUUACAGCAAAGUGGUUUCAGACCCUUUUGUGUACUCCUUGCUGCGGCACCAGUACAAGAAGACGUGGCAGGAGCUCACCAACAGGCUCCUCAAGAGAAGCUCCAUCAACUCCUCUGCCCUUGCGAGCGAGCCGCCCCGGCAGGACGUCCCGCAGCUGAGCGAGUGAGGAGCCUGGGACGGGACCGCCAGGGACAGCAAACAGCAGAAGGGGAUCGAAAGGAACUGGCAAGCCCUGCAGCUGCCCUCGGCUGACAAGGCCUCGGGAGGCAGCUGAAGGCAGGGCAAAGCCCAGCCUGCGUCCCUGCAGUGGCCCAGGUGGCACCUAAGGCAGGCAGGCUGCCUCCCACCAACAGAGUGCAACUGAUCCGUGCUCCUGCUGGCCUUGCAAAUACAAACCUCCCAUUGAUUUCCAUCAGCAGCUGCACAUAAAUCGAGGGUGAAAGGCUGGUCCUCAGCAGAAGGGCUCAUGAAAGGCGUGGGAGCAAACUGGUGCUGUCAUAAGGUUAUUCUGCAAGGCUGCACAGGGAUGCUUGUGCUGCAGGAAAGGCUCCCUCCGAGGCAGCUGCCAGCCUGGCCUUGCAGAAACCACUCCAGCCCAGUUGCUUGGCUUUGGCAUGUGCAGAAAAGCUCUUAAUAAGAAAAGCCAGAUAGAAAAAUCUCUACCUAGAUACUCACACAAUGCCCAACACAGCUUCCAAGCUCUUCUGAUCCCUGCUUUUUGAGCAGCCCUGUAGAGCAGGAGGAAGAGCCCAGCUCUGAAGUAGGUAGGCUAUGGGCUGCAUUCAGCUCCCUCCUCUCUAAGGGUUGGGUUUUUAAAGUCAUUUCCACAGGAUCCAUUAGUUCUCUCCUGAUUAAAUUUCAGCAAGGCAAAAAGAAUAGACAGGAUGGAGAGGUCAAGGUGCCUCCUGCCUACCUUCCAGCACAUCUGAGCUCCAAGGAGAUGCACUCUGCCCAAAGAUGCAGAACUGGGCCCUGUGCCCAGGGGAAAACAGUUAUAAUCUUUUUCUGAGGUGUUACUGAUCCUGCUGAGUGGUCAGUUGCUUGCUUGGUUUUCUCUACAGAUAUGCUACUUGAAGGAAAGAUGAGCCUAAAAUUGCAUUUAGAGGUAUAAUUUCCAAAGCAAGGGAUGCAAAGAUAUCAGAUUCCUUCUCCACCAUGCAAGUGCAGCCAAUAACUUGAAAGUGCAGCUCUCAGGGGCUUCAGUGUAGGUCUUCUCAGCUCUAUACUGCAGCCAUGCAGAGUAACCUGAUCAGCAGCUGCCAUCCCCUUCAGCCUGCAGCCAGCCCAGGACCAGUCAGGACAGCCCUUCGUGUCACACCACCUCAGGCACUGCCACAGAGGCUUCGUUUUCGUUAAGGUUGUGUAGCUCAUGGUAAGCACAACUACAGCUGCUGGCUUCACAACUGGCACCUAGAGAUGUGUGGCUGAAGCCAUCCUCCAGCAACUGAAGAAUUCCUUUCCUGGGAGACUUCAGCUUCUCUCACUUCAGUUGAAGCACUGUGGAGUGAGGCAGUUUCCCAAGCAUGUUCUUAUUAAUCAGGGCAUGGAAUAGCCCAAGCAGUAAUGACUGAGCUCUGGUUUCUGCCGCUGUGAUUUCCAGCAAUGACCGAGCUCUGAAGCGGCUUCCAUCAGUGUCUUGUCCCUAUGAACCCUUACAGUUAUUUUUAAAGAUACUGGUUUCAAAUGCUUCACAUUCAUAAUCUGACUGCCAAAAGGCUCAACAGCAGCUCUGGCCUUAACUCUGCCUGUGCUUUCCCCCAGAAAACGACUUAAACGUCUGUAAGACAACAGCGAGCUAACGUCAGAAGUGGAACUCAUUCUGGCCUGGGUAGGUGAGGAAAGCUGCAGGGUGGUGGCUAAAUGAGUGCAUUCCCCGGAGCCUGUGCCAAAUGACCCCAGCAGCCCUUCUGCAAGCAGCAGCAGGCUCAUCCUGCAAGCCCUCCCAUGGCUGCCAGGCUUCUUCACACCCCGCAGACUGCUACAAUUAGGGAAUGGUUGAACCUGAUGAUUUUAAAGGUCUUUCCCAACCAAAGCCAUUCUGUUAUUCUGUGGGAAGGUGUCCACUGAUGAAGUUUCUGUCUGUUUCCUCUCUGAAAUAGCUCGAAGUGAGGAUGAACAUGUCAACGAGCAUGGGCUAGGACCUCAGCUGUAGGUCUGGAAAGCUUUGCCAGGGUAAGCCAGGGGUGAGGCUCCAGCCCCUGGCUCUGGCAUGGUACCAUAGCUGCAAGGAGCCAGGUUAAUCUGUGAGCUCACAUUGUCACCCGUGUUAAGCAAGGAGAGAACUAAUGCAAUGCUGAUCAUCAACUACCAUCGAGGUAACAGUUUUCAACUUAACUAUUCAUUCUACUUAUAACCCCCCUAUAACUAGAAUAAAAUGCACACAUGAAUGCAGUCAUAGAAGUGAAGUUUGAACAAGAUUGCAUUCACGGUUAGCCCGUGGCCAGAUGGAACAGUCUACCUCAUCUUCAUCAUCUCAUUCCUUAGGCUUCACAUCAUUUUCUCAGGUGCAAUAGAUAAAAACCCCCAGCCCAGACCUGGGUUCUGAGAAGAUGAGAACCCCUUGACUGCAUCAGAACGCAGGGUAUUGCACAGCUGACUAUCUGGGAGCUCUCUGCCAGGUCGGUGUACGUUUCACUGGCGCCGCUUUCGCUGGAGUGAAUUGCAGCCAGGUCAUCGCCAGAGCCCAGAGCUGUGCUCAGCUCCUCUGUGUGGCUGCUGCCAGAGCCAGUGGGAGGUCUGCACACCCAUGAACCCAGUCCCAGAAGGAUGUCAAGCUUUACAUCAAUUAUUCCAAAAGAGUAAGAUAACUGAACAACCAAAAACAAAGCCAAGAAGGCAAACCCCAGAACCCAACAGCCCAGGCACAUGGAGGGUGGCAGCAAAAGAGAUGGAGAAGGACAUGGCCCUGGGCUUGCCUCAUUGUGCUUGUGUAUCGCCGUCGGCCGCCGAUUUGCCUCUCACCAUCAGCAAUAAAUCUCUCCCCUCCUAUGUGUUUAAA